AUGGUGUUUGAUAAUAGAUUUAAAACCAUAGAAUUAACUAAUCUUUUUUUUCUAACAUUAACUAUCGUCUAUUGUUUUGGGAAUCUUAAUGUUGUGCUAGCAGGAAUAGCAAAAGAACCAACAUCAACAAAAAUAGAAACAACCCAAACCAAUUCAAAUUUUAUUCCUAAUCCUCCAACAAUACCAUUAUUACCUUCAACAACACCAACUCAUGUGGCUCCAUCUCCACCUCCAAUUCCAAAUUUUGAUCCGAAUCCACCAAAAGAACCUUCAACAUUAACUAUCGCUAUCGGAACACCAAUUCAUGUGGCCCCAUCUCCACCUCCAAUUCCAAGUUUUGAUCCGAAUCCACCAAAAGACACAAAGGAAAAAACCAAAACAUCUGUGUCCGCAAAUGCUCCUUCUAAAAACACGGAAUCCGGAAACUCAAAUAAUCCGAAAACAGCAGAACAUACACGUACGCCAACGACAUCGACAUCAGGGUCAACUCAGGCUAUCAAACCACCUAAGAUCCGUAUACCGAUACAUAAACCAACAAUUACACCGAUACCUGAUCCAACAAUCACACAGAAACCUCAAGAAACUCAUACUAACGCUGAUAAUGAAAAUAUACCAAAACCUCAUGAACCCUCUACACAGAAACCUAAAGAACUUAACGUUAAUAAUGAAAAUCAGUCAACAAACGACAACACUUCAUUCUCUUCAAGUGAAGUUAAUACUCACUCUGAAACUUCUCAGCCAGCAGAAUCCCCAAAGGAAACUAGUAAACCGAAUCAAACAAAUUCCGGAGUCACAACUGGGAUAUUGGAUAAGAUUACACUUACUACUACUCCAACAGCUUCUUUUACCCCUACGAUUGAUAAUUCAAUGGAUGGAUUCUCAGACUCUCCAAUGCCAAGCGGUUCUAGAAAUUCUCCUCUUCCAUCAUCGUCUGCGAAUAAAUUAACAUUGUCUUUGACAAAUGUUUGUAUAUUACUCGGUUUUGUAUUAUUUGGAAUCCAACUGGUUUUGGAUGCCUUGUAG